AGAGCAAAGACGCGAGUGAGUCGGUCAUCUGCUGAAGAGGAGAGAGGUGUUACACAGGCAGGAUCUGUUGGGGAGUACCUGACCCACAGUCUGCAGAGUGUGUAGGUUUGCGAGCGGCUCUCGGAAGCAGUUCUGCGGACUCCUCCGGGACUGGUUCCUCCGCGUCCCCACAGGAUAGGAUGCUCGCCUCUGCGCCCUUGUGCUGAGGAGGCGUCGGCGAGCAGCAGUAUGGGCGCAUUGCUGGCCAGCAUCCCCACCACCCCCUUCACCACCGAUCUGCCACCGCCACGCUGCCCCCCACAGACGGGCGCCCCCCCCUAACGCCGCUGAUGGGCGAAGACACUGACGCCACCCUGACGCUCAACCACCGCGGCUUCCUCCACGACCACAACUAUGUGACUGAAGGGCUGCUCCUGGCUAUAGCCUGAAGAGCUCCGCCCAUCCUGUCCACCACCCCUUCUCCACCCUGGACUCCUCCCCCAGGAUGUUGAGCCCCAUCCAGGUCCUGUGCUCCGACAUCACUACCCUUUCUCUGGAGCCCGAGCCGUUUGCCUCUUACACUGAAGCCGAUAUCAUCUCCACUGUUGAGUUUAACCACACAGGCGAGCUCCUGGCAACGGGGGACAAGGGCGGCCGAGUGGUCAUCUUUCAGAGGGAACCUGAGAGCAAGAAUGACCCGUUCUCCCAGGGAGAGUAUAAUGUCUACAGCACCUUCCAAAGCCACGAGCCCGAGUUCGACUACCUUAAGAGUCUGGAGAUCGAGGAGAAGAUCAAUAAGAUCCGAUGGCUGCCUCAGCAGAACGCCGCCCACUUUCUCCUCUCAACCAAUGAUAAGACCAUCAAGCUGUGGAAGGUGAGUGAAAGAGAUAAACGGCCAGAGGGAUACAACCUGAAGGAUGAGGAGGGUCGUAUCAAGGACAUCUCGACUGUCACCUCUUUGCAGGUGCCGGUGUUGAAGCCGACUGAUCUGAUGGUGGAGGUGAGCCCGAGGCGGGUGUUCGCUAAUGCCCACACUUACCACGUCAACUCCAUCUCCGUCAACUCAGACUAUGAGACCUACAUGUCAGCAGACGACCUGAGGAUCAACCUCUGGCAUCUGGACAUCACCAACCGCAGCUUCAACAUUGUGGACAUCAAACCGGUCAACAUGGAGGAUCUGACAGAAGUGAUCACAGCGGCGGAGUUUCACCCCCACCACUGUAACCUGUUUGUUUAUAGCAGCAGCAAAGGCACCCUGCGACUCUGUGACAUGAGAGAGGCGGCGUUGUGUGACCGACACUCCAAAUUGUUUGAGGAACCAGAAGAUCCCAGUGCCCGCUCCUUUUUCUCUGAAAUCAUCUCCUCUGUGUCAGAUGUCAAGUUCAGCCACAGCGGUCGCUAUCUGCUCACCAGAGACUACCUGACUGCCAAAGUGUGGGACCUCAACAUGGAGAGCAAACCACUGGAGACAUAUCAGGUUCACGAUUACCUCCGCAGCAAAUUGUGUUCCCUUUAUGAAAACGAUUGCAUCUUUGACAAGUUUGAGUGUGCCUGGAAUGGCUCAGACAGUGUCAUCAUGACCGGCGCCUACAACAACUUCUUCCGCAUGUUUGACCGGAACACCAAGCGCGAUGUGACCCUGGAGGCAUCCCGGGAGAGCAGCAAGCCCAGGGCUGUCCUUAAACCAAGGCGGGUGUGUGCGGCCGGAGGAAAGCGUCGGAAGGACGACAUCAGUGUGGACAGUCUGGACUUCACCAAGAAAAUCCUCCACACCGCCUGGCACCCAACUGAGAACAUCAUUGCCAUUGCCGCCACCAACAACCUGUACAUCUUCCAAGACAAACUCAACUCUGAGAUGCAUUAGUGAAGAGACGCGGGUGAUGGAUACACAAGAUUACACCCGUCAGCACAGCUAUACCAGAAUGUACACAAAGACGCACACUGUUACAUGCAGGAAAACGCCUCCAGAGGCUGGAAGGCAAGAUAACACAAACAGGCAAAACUCCUUCACCUCCCCAUUGGUGUCCCCAAACUGAAAGGAUCCCGAGAGGGCUAGAAAGGAUGUGGGCUGGAUUACAAGAUGGAUUUUCUUAUUGUCACCCUCUGGAUUGCUGUUGCUCACAUUCUGAGGGAUAUAAAGUCCCCAGAAUGGAAAGAUGUUUACAUCUUUGUAUUUUUUCUUUAGGCUCCUAUUUUUCCCCAAAUCCCUCUCCCCACCUACUCCUCUGUAUUGUCAGGAGUUUCAGCAAAGCCUGUUCUUCGCCUGCUGUUUGUGUUGCGGUUGUCAACCAGCUAAGUUUGAUUUCACAUCAAUUACACCCCUAAUGUUUUUGUAAUUUUUGAUGGCGACUGUACUGUAGGGAAUGAUGUGAAAGGAUGCAAUGGGGAGCCUCCCCUUAAUCCAAGAGCAUCCAGAUGCCUCUCUGCUCGCCUUCAUCCAGGAGACUUGAUGGUGUUCAGGGAGUUUUAAACAUUGUUUCAGUCUCAGUGGUACAUAGACUGUCUUUCUAUAGCUCUUUCUCAUCUGAUGCAGAUGCAAGUGCUUUAGGGUGCAUCACAUUCGCCCAAUCACACAAACAGAUGUCCGCGUGCUGCCAUUCACAGCGCUUGAAGGCAAACAGGAAGCAAUUUGGGGAUUAAGGACUUUGUUCAAGGGUAAAUUAGUAAUUUGCCUGUCUGGUUGGGGAAUUGAACCUAUGCCCUUCUGGUCACCAGGUCACUUCCCCAAUGAUGUAAUGCUUCCCCGGCAGAAAGAUCAGGCUCAUGUGGCUCAUGCAUCAUAUAACAAAAGUCGAACCAAGCAAAAAGAUGAACAAAUAAUAUUUAAGCAAAUGAAUUCAGUAAGCAAAAGGAUGCUGCAUGUACAACUGAUUUAGCCUAAGUGUGUGUAACUUGACUGACUUGGCUGCCUUCAUUUAGCACCGCUGUACAAAGGCUUCCGGGGCCCCAUGCAGCACGAGUAACCAUAGAUGACCGAGCGCUCCUGCAUUUAUUUGUGUCUGCGGACACUGAAGCAUGUUUACCCGUGUUCGGUUCAUACACUUACAUGUACACUUUGAAUGAAGCUGUCCAAGGGUCAGUUUCUACUCCCUGAAACUGAGAACCAAGAAAAAUGAGGAAUGCUUCUGAUUAAUACUGUAUUAAAAAAAAAAAGACAAAGAACUCAAAGGGCCUAAACAGUGUCUGUAAAUAACAACUCUUUUCUGAUGUGUGCAAGGUUUGGAUUCUUUAACACGAUCGUCCAUUAAUUCAUAAACAGACCGCUGCCUCAGUCAUCCGUAUUGAUGAUUGAUUGCCUCCAAAGCUACAGCACAGACAUGGUAUUUUAAUCUCAAGCCUUCACCAACUACUUUGCUGACAUGGAGAAUCUUUUCAUUUGAGAUCUGUUUUAUUUGACCUAUUUUUUUAAAACAUCACUUUUAUUCCACACUGUUGAUUCACAUAUUUUUGUGUUAACAGAAUUGUCAAAUAAUGUUAAUGUUUUUUGAAUAAAGAUUUCAACAAAAAUUCCA